AUGCCGCCUAUACCGCACGUUAGGCCUGAGAAUGUCCUCAGGCGAGCUGAAGAGCUCAUCGCCGUGGGCCAAAUUCCAGCAGCCUUGUCCGUCCUACAUGAACAUGUCACGUCGAAAAGAUCUCGCAGCAGCCCAAUUGCAUCUCUUGAGCCGGUGAUGCUCCUUUUUGUCGAACUUUGUGUGGAUUUAAGAAAGGGAAAAUCUGCCAAGGAUGGUUUAUAUCAAUAUAAGAAUAUCGCUCAGAAUACCAACGUCGGGACUAUUGAGAUGGUCUUGAAAAAAUUUAUUGAGCUCGCGGAACAAAAGGUCACAGAGGCCCAAGCCAAGGCUGACGAGAUUCAAUCUUCACUUGAAUCUGCCGGCCCAACUUCCAAUAUUGAGGAUCUUGAUGCCAUUGAGACCCCAGAGACAAUUCUCCUUGCGACCGUUUCCGGCGAACAAUCUCGCGACCGAACAGACAGAGCUGUGGUGACCCCAUGGUUGAAGUUCCUCUGGGAGACUUACCGUACGGUAUUGGAAAUCCUAAAGAACAAUGCACGCCUCGAGGUUAUGUACCAAGCAACUGCCCUCCAAGCUUUCCAAUUUUGCUUGAAAUAUGCGCGCAAGACCGAGUUCCGCCGCUUGUGUGAGCUUCUUAGAAACCAUGUUCAAAACGCUGCCAAGUAUUCGGCUCAAAUGCACGCUAUCAAUUUGAGCGACCCCGACACUCUUCAGCGUCACUUGGAUACUCGCUUUCAGCAAUUGAACGUUGCCGUUGAACUGGAACUGUGGCAGGAAGGCUUCCGUAGUGUCGAAGAUAUCCACACUCUCCUCAGUCUCAGCAAGCGACAACCCAAGAAUAUCAUGAUGGCGAACUACUAUGAGAAGCUCACAAGAAUUUUCAUGGUUAGCGACAACUAUCUCUUCCACGCCGCUGCCUGGAACCGUUAUUACAACCUGUUGCGACAGUCCGCCAUUGCACUUGCUGCUGGACAGGGUUCCAAGAAGGAUAACCCAUCGAUAUCUGAAGUCGACAUGACCAAGGCUGCAUCUUUUGUCCUACUUUCCGCCCUUUCAAUCCCUGUUAUCAGCACCUCGCGAUCCCGCGGUGCGCUCGUUGACGUAGAUGAGGCACGUAAAAACAAAAAUACUCGGCUUACGAACCUAUUGGGCAUGCCGCAACCGCCUACCAGAGCUGCCCUCUUUAAAGAUGCUUUGAAUAAGGGCCUGCUUAGCCGCUGCCGGCCUGAAAUUCGCGACCUCUACAAUAUCCUCGAAGUUGACUUCCACCCUCUCUCGAUUUGCAAGAAGAUCUCGCCAAUUCUUACACAGAUUGGUUCUGACCCGGAGAUGGAAAAAUAUGUUCUACCUCUGCAGCAAGUUAUCCUUACUAGACUUUUCCAGCAAUUAUCUCAAGUCUACGAGUCUGUUGAGCUCAAAUUCGUUCACAAUCUUGCUCAUUUCCCAGAUCCGUUCCAGGUUACCCCAUCAAUGAUUGAGAAAUUCAUCAUGAACGGUUGCAAGAAAGGAGAUUUAGCCAUCCGUGUCAACCACGUUUCCGGUGUCUUGACGUUCGAAUCUGACAUUUUCUCGUCUGCCAAAGCUCUUCACCCUGGAAGUUCCGCUGGAUCCGCGGAAAGCGAAGUAGGCUCCGUUCAGCGCCUGCAAAGCACGCCAGCAGAGAUCGCUCGAUCCCAACUUGCUCGCUUAGCCAAAACCCUUCAUGUCACCUGCAUGUAUGUCGACCCAUCCUACAACGAGGCAAGAAUCAAGGCGAAGGAAGCCGCACAUGCGACGGCCCGUGCGGGUGCAGCGAAGGAACAUGAAGAGACUCUUGCUCGCCGUGCCGUUAUUGAGAAGAAGAAGGAAGCGCUCUCGGAUGCUUUGCAAAAGAAGCAACGUGAAGAAGAAACUCUCAAGCGCAUGCGUACUCAGAAACUCCAAGAAGCCGAGAAGCAGCGCCUUUUGGAUGAGCACCGUGAACGCGAGCGGAAGCGGAUGAAAGAUGAGCAAGAUCGAAUUCGCCAGCAAGAAUUGAAGAAGCAGCUCGAGGAACUGAAAACUGGAGUCAAAGGUAUUGAUGUCGACCAGCUCGAUCUUGAUGAACUCGACUCGAAUCGCCUUCGUGCGAUGAAGCUCGCCCAGCUUGAAAAGGAGAAGAAUGACCUCAAUGAGAAGAUCAGAAUUACUUCUAAGCGCAUCGAUCAUUUGGCACGAGCUUUCCGCCGGGAGGAAUUGAAACAUUUACCAGCCGAUUACGAAGCUCAGAAGGAAAUGGAUUUGAAAGUCUACGAGGAAAACAAAGCAGAGGCUUUACACGCAGCCCAGCAGAAACACAAGGAAGACGUGGCUCUCAAGCACCGCCUCAGUCGUUUGGUGCCGCAUUUCAAUGACUUCAAAAAGAAUGUCACCGAAAAGAGACACGAAGAAUUCGAGCGGCGUCGCAAGGCGGCCGAAAGGGAAUUUGAACAGAAGAAGAAGCAGCGUAUCAAGGAAGUUCAUGAGCGCAUCCGACGCGAAAGAAUGGAGCUCGAGGCAGAGGAACAGCGCAAACGAGAUGAAGAAGAGCGCAUUGCCCGCGAGGAAGAAGAGCGAAUUGCCAAGGAGGAGGAGAGACGCCGCGCGUUGGCGGAAGAAAAGGCCGCUAGAGAGGAACAAAGAAGGAAACUCGACGAAACAGCUGCCCUUCAGCGACAACGUGAAGAGGAGGCCGAGAAGAGACGUGCAGCCCGAAAGACCGGCGUACCGGAGCCCAGAGCACCAGCAAGGGAAGCAGCUCCGCGCGAAGCAUCCCCCGAGCGAACCGCACCACGCCUCAACCUUGCUGGUCGAACUGGUCCUUCAUGGAGAGAUAAGAGAGAAGCCGGUGCCGCAACUGAGAGGCCAUCUUCGACCCAAGACGUUCCGCCUGCACAACCUUCAAAAGGCAGCUACCUCGCCCCACAUUUGCGAGCGCGAGAGGCAUCUUCUGAUCGUCGCGAUUUCGGUCGUGCACGUGGAGGCGACGCGCCCCCUCCUCCUCGGCCGAUGACAAGAAGCCCAGUUCCUCCAUCGUCGUCUCCUGCACCACAGGAGGGACGUGAAGAGCCACGACCGGGUGUGUGGCGACCGAGGUUUAGACAACAACAGUAA